UGGAUUUGCAGAAGUGAGGCAGACGCUGCUUUUCCAACCAAGCCAGCAAAGCCGCGGGGCUGGCAUCCUGCGCUGCCCAAGGAGAGGAUUAGCUGCGAGCAAGGAGCCGGAUCCUGCCUGGCUUUUAGGAUCUGGGGCUGAGACCCACCCUUGGACACCCUGCAGCUGGAAGAGGAGAAGGAGGAGAAAAAGAGGGAGCUCCGUCCUGCAGCAGGAGUGAGCUGUUCCCCUGGCAGGGGGCGGAAUCUGCUCCCCAGGUGAUCUGCUCUGGAAAGGCUGAAAGCCCGCUGGCCACCAGCCCACGGCCACCCUUGACCCUGGCAGCACCUUCAAAGGGAGCAUGGGGCUGCUGCGGAGCCUGCAAUGUUUGCUCACAGCCAGGGCCAGCAGCUGCUGCCUGCCUGCCCUGGGGGGUUUCGUCAGCGUCCUGCAGCGCUCCGGGGGACACUGCUCGGCCACUGCUGCUUGCACAAGGAACCCCCUCGUCAGGACUGCAGCCAUGGCCACCUCAGCGAGCUCCCACCUGAGCAAAGCCAUCAAGCACAUGUACAUGAAGCUGCCGCAGGGGGAGAAGGUGCAGGCCAUGUACAUCUGGAUCGACGGCACGGGGGAGCACCUCCGCUGCAAAACCCGCACGCUGGACCACGAGCCCAAGAGCCUGGAAGAUCUCCCCGAGUGGAAUUUCGAUGGCUCCAGCACCUACCAGUCCGAAGGCUCCAACAGUGACAUGUACCUGCGACCUGCUGCCAUGUUUCGGGACCCUUUCCGCAAGGACCCCAAUAAACUCGUUCUCUGUGAGGUCUUCAAGUACAACCGCCAGUCUGCAGAGUCAAAUCUCCGGCACACCUGCAGGAGGAUUAUGGACAUGGUGUCCAACCAGCACCCCUGGUUUGGGAUGGAGCAGGAGUACACUCUCCUGGGGACAGAUGGACAUCCAUUUGGCUGGCCUUCCAAUGGCUUCCCUGGACCCCAAGGUCCGUAUUACUGUGGUGUGGGGGCAGACAAAGCCUAUGGCAGGGACAUUGUGGAGGCCCACUACCGAGCGUGCCUUUAUGCCGGCGUGAAAAUUGGAGGAACCAACGCAGAAGUGAUGCCAGCCCAGUGGGAGUUCCAGGUGGGACCAUGCGAGGGGAUUGAGAUGGGUGAUCACCUCUGGAUCGCGCGCUUCAUCCUGCACCGGGUGUGCGAGGACUUCGGGGUCGUGGUGUCCUUCGAUCCCAAACCCAUCCCUGGGAACUGGAACGGUGCUGGCUGCCACACCAACUUCAGCACCAAGAGCAUGAGGGAAGAAGGAGGUCUCAAGCACAUCGAGGAGGCCAUCGAGAAGCUGAGCAAGCGCCACCAGUACCACAUCCGCGCCUACGACCCCAAGGGGGGGCUGGACAAUGCCCGGCGCCUGACGGGCUUCCACGAGACCUCCAACAUCAACGAGUUCUCGGCCGGCGUGGCCAACCGCGGCGCCAGCAUCCGCAUCCCGCGCAACGUGGGCCACGAGAAGAAGGGCUACUUCGAGGACCGCCGGCCCUCGGCCAACUGCGACCCCUACGCCGUGACAGAGGCGCUGGUCCGCACGUGUCUCCUCAACGAAACCGGGGAUGAGCCUUUUGAGUACAAGAACUGAGCAGACUGCGCCCCGCGGCCGCCGCCGCCGCCGCCUCCCCCCGCGCUCCCCGCGCCCCUAAAGUUCCCUUCUAGCUGUAAUCCCGAGGGUACAAGAUAACAUGUUUCGUGUCUCAGUAACUCUUGUUGUCUUGAGGUGGGGGAGGAGGGCAGGUUUAGUUUUAUCCGUGUCUGUUUGUCAUUGACUCUUCGGAAGACGAGAGGAGGACGGGGUGUUAGAGAACUUUUAACCACUGUUUUAUUUUUUUUUUUUUGUCUAAUUCAUGUGUACAUCCGAUGGGAUCCUGUGGCUUCCAGGGACAGACUGCACACACAGAAGGCGUGUAGGAGAGGAGAAAGCUUAAAACAGAGCCAUAUUUGGGGGGCCAGCCCCACUGCUGACUGAUGGCUGUC